AUGAUUUUGGAUUAUGCGGAAAACAUUUUUGGGAAAAUGAACCAACAGUUGAACCUCGAUGUGCCAGAUAUGGGAGGAGACACGUUAAAUAAAACAAUAGCUCUUCACGGCCAGUACGACCCCGACUUUGUGGAAUAUAAAUCUUUUGCACAUGCACGCCGUGAAGAUGCGGCCACUGUUGAUGGUGGCAUGAGUAGCGAGGGUAUUUCACAGGGGGUUCCAACAGGUUAUGUGCACAUUGAGGCUCCUCUUUCAAGGAGCACAUCAGCUCUUGGCCGGUCGGAUGAAACUGCGGCCGGCAUGUCAGCAAAUGCGGCAGGAGCAACAAGUGGUCAACAGACAACCACCGAAACAACAAUCGUUAAAGAGACUUUUGAAAGAAAUGUGCCACAUGCAGCUGGAAACGCCAGUUAUGUCAAUCAUGAAGAUGUAACGAAAAACACAAUGUAUGCUUACCCUGCAAAAAGCCAAAGUCGAAAUGAACAAACCAGGUCGAAAAGCGUUUUAAAUGAAAUUGAUGAAGAGGAGCUUCGCAAGCCUAUUCAGUUGAAUGAAAUUGCUAAUUCUAACAUUAACGGUGGAGUUUCCCAGAUUGGAGCCACUUUAAUAAGACCUGAAACACCCGGAGGACAAGGUUACGUCCAAAAUAUUAUUAGUGGCAGCGAACCAAACUUCCGUGAGAAUUCGAUGGCCCUCAAUGAAUACUCGAACUAUGAAGGAGCUUAUCUUCAGGACCCGACACGAUCUAAUCUAGCUUUCCAAAAUGAAAUAAUAAUGAACGAUGUGGGUCGCCCGAUAUCCUACUACGACGAACAAACGCUGAGGCAGAGCAACAUUCCACUCUACACUAACGACAUCGGCAUGAUGAACAUGAACAGAAACGCAGAUCGUCGGCAGGAAUCCAGCUAUGUGGAGCACAUUGAAGAAACGAGAUUUUUAUAAUGGAAUAAAUAAAAAUUGAACUUUUUAAUCAAAUUUUGUGAUUAACAACGUUUUGUUAUGCGCCGAUAUUUAUAGUAAAUUUCAAGCUUAUUCAAUCUGAUAAAACUAAUUCAUACUGUCUGUCCAUUUCAAAUUAAUAUAUUUCAGUUCAUUUUCACCAUUUAUUUUAAGUUUUUAAGGAUAAAUUAUAUAAAUGUUAACGUGCGAUCAUAUAUACAACACAAACAUAUACACAUAUGUGUGCGUGUGUGUGUGCGUGUGUGCAUACAUUUAAAUUGAUUGAAAUUUAAUUAGCUAACUAAUAUUAUUUUUUCUUACUUUCUAUAUUUGGCAACUAGCUUCUUUAUGUUUAAUGUGUUUUAAUGUUUUAAUAAUGAAUACAAUAAUUGACAAAUUGUACUCCACUAAUCUCAACAGAAUCAGAAUCACGUGCGAGCUAAGAUCCGUGCACUCUAAUUUUGUAUAUGCAUAUAUACAAGCUAUCGAGAAGACGUAGCUUAUUAACUGGCGCUAUAAAGAAUCGCAUGAAAGAGAAACACAAAACUAUUGAAAAAUUAAACAGGUAGCUAACUAACGCGGAACAUGUUGUGUGUUGUGAUUUACACCAAUAAUUGGAUUUCUGACAGUCUUAAUCAUAUAUAUACAUACAUACAUAUAUAUAUAUAUAUAUAUAUAUAUAUAUAUAUAUAUAUAUACAUAUAUAUAUAUAUAUAUCGAAAGAAAUAUUAGCUUCUUAACUUGACUUAAAAUAUAUUUUGUGUUUUUUGAUACGUUCAAAAUAAAAGCGAUCUAAUUAAAUGAUUU